AUGAAUAUUCGAUACCAAAAACCACUUACACCUGAUGAUAAGCCUGAAACGAGAUCUCGGGUUGGGAAAAAACAAAUGAAACCCCGUCAGAAUAUACUUAGACUUAAAAAAAAAACAUUGAAAGAUGCAGGACUUAGUAAAGAUCUAUGCGAAACUUCUCAUAAAAAUAAUAUCAAAAUUCGAUACCAAAAACUACUUACACCUGAUAAUAAGCCUGAAACGAGAUCUCGGGAUAGGAAAAAACCUGAAUUUAAAACACAAAUGGAACCCCAUCUGAAUAUACUUAAAUUUAAAAAAAAAACAUCGGAAAUUAAGAAAAAACACCAAAUUGAAACAUGCUCUAAUCUUGACCAAGAACAAAAAGACACAAUAGAUUCAUCCUCACAAACUUCAAAUACAGCGAUUACUUUAUCCAAACUUGUCCAAGAAAAAGAUAUGAUGGAUUUAUCUCCUCAACCCUCAAAUAUAGAGAAUAUUUUGCCCAAUUUUGAGCAGGAUGAGCAAAAAAAUAGGAUGGAUUUAUCCCCUCAACCUUCAAACGUAAACAUUACUUUAUCCAAUUAUGGCCAAGAAGCACAGAACUUAAUGGAUUUAUCCCCUCAACCUUCAAACGUAGACACUACUUUAUCUAAUCGUGGCCAAGAAGAACAAGACUUAAUGGAUUUAUACCCUCGAUCCUUAAACACAGACACUACUUUAUCCAAUCAUAGCCAAGAAGAACAAGAUUUAAUGGUUUUAUCCCCUCGACCUUUAAAUACAGAGACUACUUUACCAAAUUUUAAGCAAGAAGGGCAAGAACACGUAAUGAAUUUACCUCUUCAACCUUCAAAUGUAGAUUCAUUCUUACAAGUUCUUUUAUUCAAUCUUGGACAAGAAGACAUAAUGAAUCAAUUCUUUCAAUCCAAUCUUGCCCAAGAAGAAGAUAUUAUGGGUUUAUCUCUUCAACCCUCAAAUACAGAGAAUAUUUUGCCCAAUUUUGAGCAGGAAGAGCAAAAAAAUGGGAUGGAUUUAUCCCCCCAACCUUCAAAUAUAGACACUACUUUAUCCAAUCGUGGCCAAGAAGAACAAGACUUAAUGGUUUUAUCCUCUCGACCCUUAAAUGUGGAUACUACUUUAUUAAAUUUUGAGCAAGAAGGGCAAGAACACGUAAUGGAUUUUCCCUUUCAACCUUCAAAUGUAAAUUCAUUCUUCCAAUUUCCUUUAUUCAAUCUUGGACAAGAAGACAUAAUGAAUCAAUUUUCUCAAUCUUCAAAUGCAUCUCAAUCUUCAAAUACAAAGACUACUUCAUUCAAUCUUUCAGUGAGCACAAAGUUAACUUAUUCAUCAUUGGCAGAUGAAUCUCGAGAAUUUGAACCAGCAAUUCCAGGAACAUUUUGUAACGACGAAUUUUGUAUUCCACCACUUCAAGAUAAAGCCAGCUUUGAUCCUUCUUACUUGUAUUUUGAGAAAAAUUGUGAAGGCUGUCAACAGUUUAUGUCUGAAGAUAAUUCUAACGUCAUAGCAUCUACUACGGCUUUUCAAAUAAAAUUUUAA